AUGGCCGCUAGGUUCCUCCUCUUCCAGCUCCCUCGCUUCGUGCUCUCGCGCCUGGGCGCGCUCUACCAUCGUGCUUCACCUUCCGCUGGCCCUGGCCUGCAGCGAAUACUCGUUGCGGACACUUCCCACAAACAAGUGGCAGUGCACAGCGACGGCGACGCCAUUGUUGCCACAAGUCUGCCUCGGGUGGCGGACGCGGCUGCGGAGCUGCUUGCGGUGAAGAGAAGGGCUCCUUCUCCUAAGGCCGGGGCCCAGGCAAGCCCAAGGAAAACCCCGGCAGAGAUAAGCAUAACGGCGUGCCGGACAAAAAAGCCAAGGAAGGCAACUAAGCCGCUUCUUCUUCAAGUUGAAGCUUGA